AUGCCAUCGUUUUCCCAACGGCCCGAGUCGCCAAAGAAGGGCAGAAUCAUCAAAUCGGCGUAUGAUAGCGAGAGCUUCGAAUCAGACGGUUCUAUUCAUGUGGAAGGUCUCGUCGGAUCCGCAACGAUCUCUCCCUCCGGCCGCGAUAUUGCGCUUGCAUCACCAGAGGGCUUGGCUAUUCUGGACUUGGACUCUCCAUACAAUCCACCACGGCGACUGAGAAGUCACGGACUCCCGUGGCUAGUUUGUGAUGUUCAGUGGUCACCUUUUGCAGCUCGAGACUAUUGGGUUGCGUCCACAGCGAACCAUCGCGCGCUAGUAUGGAAUCUCAACCUGAGAGAGGAUUCCAAUACAGGAGCCAUAGAGCACUCGCUCCAUGGACACAGCCGCGCGAUAACUGACGUCAACUUCUCCGCCCAUCAUCCCGAUAUGCUUGCCACGUGCUCUGUUGACGGAUAUGUCCAUUGGUGGGAUCUUCGACGACCCAGGCAACCGGUUCUGACCUUCUGUGACUGGUUUGCAGGUGCAACUCAAGUGAAAUUCAACCGCCAAGAUCCUCACAUUCUUGCCUCAGCUCAUGACCGGUUCUUGCACAUAUGGGACGACCGAAAACCUUCCGAGCCUGUCAAGUCCAUCAGCGCACAUACAUCCAAGAUUUAUGGAAUUGACUGGAACCGCAUCCGAAGCACUGGUAUCGUUACUUGCUCUCUAGACAAGACAAUUAGAUUCUGGGACUACGGCAAGGACGACGACGAGCUGGAACACGUCAUCCGUACCGACUUCCCCGUCUGGAGAGCUCGUCACACACCAUUCGGAUGGGGCUUAUUGGCCAUGCCUCAAAAUGAGCCGGGCGAUUUGUAUCUGUAUGACAGAUUAUGGGGGGAAGACUCUCCAGUAGAGGUUGCUCCGAAUCCUGUAGCGGUAUUUCCGGGCCAUGGUGAUCAUAAAGCCAAGGAAUUUCUUUGGAGAUCCCGAGGAGGCGUGUCCGAUGAUAACAUCGACCAUCGCGAGUUUCAGUUGGUGUCAUGGGGCACGGAUAAUGAGCUAAGGUUACACUGUGUUGACGCCAACAUUCUUGCUGCUGUUGGUCAUGUCAAAGACGGCCCGGCAAGAAAAGGUCUCAACCUUACAAGACAGGGUGCAGCAUACAAGACCUUCCGCACCAUCGACGACAGUUCGAGCCGUGACCGCAAGGCGGGCACAAUGAGCGACCAUAGAGCUGGCACUGUCCUUGCGCAAUAUAAGCAGGGAGGAACCCCAUCUGUUGGACGAUCUGGCUUGAAUCGGAAUCUUCGGCCAGCAUGGAGGGGACCAUCAAUGAAAGCCAAGAUUGACUCGAGUAUGCAUGUGGACAGGAGCCAAGCUCAACUUGGAUGGAUGAAGGGCAUCACCAUGACAAAGAGGAAGCCCUGGAGUAACGGCUACAGGCCUCAUGCUUCCAAAGACCACGGAAUUCUCGGCCACCACCACUAUCCGGAUGAUGAAUGGGGCCAACCAGACACCAUUCAAGAAGAACUUCUUCGUAUCAGCACGCAGAUUCCCAAAGUCAAAUGGGAAAAUAUAGACAUGGACAACUUAACAUUAAAUGCGUCUCUAACAGGACCCUGGGGCCUCGAUGGGGAGCCCAUCUUUGUGAAGGUGAAAAUCGACAUCCCGGCGGAAUAUCCCAAGCUCAAGCCGCCAACAUUCUACAUCGAAAAGACGUCCUUCAUGCCAGAAGACACACACAAGAAGAUAAUGCGGGAAAUACACCAACUCGCGGAACAGUUUCUGCAAAGAAAGCAAAACUGUCUCGAAGUCACCUUCACCUACUUACUUGGUGAAGUCGAUUUAGAGUCUAGUACUACCUUCUUUAAGAAUGUUCGAGACCUGGAUGAUGAUAUUGAUGGCCUGGCGGAUGAGAGCUCCAGCGAGGAAGACGAGGAUAUCCCUGCUGGAGGAUCUGCUUCAAUGUCCCAAGAGCUGCCCCAUGCAGAUGCUGACACGACUCUUGCGCCACUACCUAAUCGUAACAUUAUUCCACCUCCGCCCCGUACUUGUGGCGCUCGAUUUUCCCCGGAUGGUCGACUUGUUUGCUUCUUCCCGUCAAAGGAGGAGAAAGCCCGCGCGCUUUUCUGUACCUCGGCAGAAUUCUAUAACAAGGAACGUCCCAAAGGAGAGCCGUUCUUUGCGGGGUUCGGCCGCCUUACUUAUGAUGUGCCUCCCAAGCACAAGUAUGUAAUGGAUGAGGCCUCUGUCACGGACGAUCAGUCGGACGAGUCUGACAGUGAAAUGUCUUCAUCGUCAUCGAGCGGUUCUGAGUCAACCUCGAUGCAUAAGAUGAACCUGUGGUACAGCUCGAGCAGACAGCUACGCAAAACUUGGAGCGAAGAUCGAUCUGUCAGGUCGAGUGGCGGCGGAACUGGCGCGGGCACCGGCACCGGUACAGGGACAAGCCGUCGGCGGUUCGGGCGGCCUCGAAAUUUGAUUGUCAUACAUGACUUGAGAGCCGAGCUUCCGUCGAAGAGAGAAUUUGCGGAGGAAUACGCCAUCUUUGGCGACGGUGCUGACGUAUGUGAACACAAUGCACAGGUCGCGGAGAAAUAUGGCAACGCUGAAUUAGUACAAGUAUGGCGUUACUUGGCACUAUUGCUUACAAAGGGAAUCCCUUUGGAAGUCUUGGGCCGUGGUCACAAUGAAGCUUCGAUUUUAGUCAUUGCGCGAGAUGCCGCAUCGAAGCAUGCCACAAUCGAAAAAUCACAGGCCGACCCGUCGUCAAGUAACGACAGCGGUCUUGUUGGCAAAGUUAAAUGGGGGCAGCACCCGCUCGCUAAAGAGUUCAUCAUGGACCUCUUCGAUCAUUUCGAGAGACUCGCCGAUAUCCAGAUGUUAGCCAUGCUGUCGUGUGUUUUCAGUGAGCCGUACACGGAUGAUGGGGUUGCGUAUGUCGAGUCUCAUCUUCCGAAGCAAGACACUCCUCUGCCUUUGAAGGCGCCGUCCUUCUCGUUGGAUUAUUUCCCCGCAGAUGCUUCGAUGUGGAAAUGGAAUCUUUACAGCCGGAGCCAUACAACCUCAGCAGCUACGACACCUGGGACUCUCCAUACCCCUGUUCACUAUCCGGGAUCUCAUGCCUCUGAUGAGUUCCUCUGGGGCUGUGAUGCAGGGACCGGCUCCUAUUCCUGCGGAGAGACGCCCCCUAUGAAGAGUAAGACGCUCCUUGGUGACAGUGACCCUCCACAGCAGCCAAUUUCGCGAUCACCUACGAGUCGGGGAAUUUUGAGAGGGAACACCGGUCUCGCGGCAGCUUUUACCGCAACGCUGCCGAAGCCUUUCGGUGGCGGCGGCUCGUCGUCACCGCCGAGUCAAGGAAAAAAGAGGACUAGCCCUGCGGAAUAUAUCAUGAACAGCAUUGUACCCACUACCGCCAACUCUGGAACAUCUACGCAAGGACCUGGAAAUGCCUCGGGUGACUCCGGCCUGGCUAGAACCUCAUUGUCGGACGAAGAUUAUCGCCGAGAUGACCUGCUGUCGCUUGUUCCCAUAUCAGUCAACGUCGUCCAGGCGGAUCAGUCAAUAUUCGAUGACGAUGGAUGGUUGAAUACGCCGCUUCUAGACUCUGGCCGAUGCAGUAUUUACGCCAGAUACCGUUACGCCUAUGCAGAGAUGUUGCAGGUGUGGAACCAGCCCCUGGCACGACUCGAGAUCAUGAAAUUCAAUAUCCUUUGCGACGAUUCAGCAGCGGCGAUGGCAACAAAUGACGGAAGCUUUCACGACGCGACAACAUUGAGAGAUGGAGCAAGCGGCACCAUCGGCCACCACAAGACAGGCUCAUCCCCCAUCGUCAUGGGCAAGAAAGACCAGCUCCACAAUCUCGUGGCUUCUGGUCGUGGUUUGGACGUCACGGGCAUCUGUCGCACUCACGAGACGCAGCUUGAACCAGCACGCUAUACAUCCUCCCAGAACAAUAUUGGGGGUGCCGUCGGAACGUGCGAUCGGUGUCACCGGACACAGACACAGCUCCAGUGUGUAUACUGCCUAGAGCCCGUCGACGCACUAUUCCCACCGUGCCUUGCGUGCGGAUGUGCCAGCCACGAAGCAUGUCUUGCGGAAUGGCACACAUCCGGCGAGACCUUGUGCCCAGCUGGGGAUGAAUGCAACUGCGUCGAGGAGGCAAGCAACGGGCAAGUCGAGUCCUGGGUCGCCCUUCGCGGUGCGAUGAUGAAAGGUCGUGAUGGACCAGCCAAGCUUCCCCUGCUCCCGCCCGCGGCCAUGGACGGUAGCGGAGAGGGCAAGCUUGGGCGAGGGAAAAACGACUGGGAACAAGUCGACUCGAAUAUUCCAAGCCGAGAACAAGGCGGACUUGCGGCGCCACAGUCACCUGCAGCAUUGAGUUUCGGAAGAUUGAAAAAGGCGGGGACUUGGUCGCGUGCCGCGAGUUUACGUGGACCGGGAAGAAGGGGCUAG